AUGGACUUAUCAGAGAACAAGAAGCGUAUGGCUCGUGGCGAACUCUACCAUGCCUUCACGCCUGAGCUCACAGCAGAGCGUUCGCGCUGCAAACAAGCUUGCGCACGCUACAACAAUGCUGGCGAUGCAUCAAGGCGAAAAUUGACCGAGCUGUUCCGAGACAUCAUCCAAGACAAAACCCCUCUUCCGCCUAUCCAAUCUACAGAAGACGAAGACAGCAAGCUGUUUGAGAACGACCCGUGGGUCGAACCACCGGUUACUAUGGACUAUGGAUAUAAUGUUCGUUUGGGCGAGAAUGUUUUCAUCAACUUCAACGCCGUCUUCCUUGACACCUGCCUAACUACCGUUGGUUCUCGUACGCUUGUCGGACCUAACGUUCAUUUCUAUUCGGCUACUCAUCCUCUUGAUCCAGCUGUCCGCAAUGGCACUAGGGGGCCUGAGUUGGGUAAGGAGAUUCACAUUGGAGAGGAUUGCUGGAUUGGUGGCAAUGUUUGCAUACUACCUGGCGUUGUGAUAGGCAGAGGUAGUGUGGUCGGCGCUGGCAGUGUGGUUACGAAGAGCGUGCCGGAUUUCACUGUCGUCGCUGGCAACCCAGCUAGAUUCGUUCGCAAGAUCGAAACUGAAAUGGACACUGAACAAAACAAUGGAGAAUCCGGUGAGCAGAACCAUCUGGACCGCUGA